AGAAAGAUAGAGAGAGGGGCAAAAGCUGAAUUGCCUUUGAUACUGGCGCAAUUCGUCUCUCUUUUGUCAGCACAUGCAUUCCACUUUCCACUACAAAUUCUACUUAGCACCCCAAAAUUUUACCUCACCUACAAGAAAGGCAUUAGCCAUUAUCCCUUCCCCUUCCCCUUCCCCUUCCUUAUAUUUCUCAACUUCUUCUCAUCUUAAUACAAUCCACAAACCCUAUACAAUUAGAUAAAAUGAGAGCAGGCGGUUGCACAGUACAACAAGCUCUAACAGCAGAAGCCGCAACUGUAGUUAAACAAGCCGUAACCCUAGCAAGGAGGCGUGGCCAUGCUCAAGUCACUCCUCUCCACGUAGCUAACACUAUGCUUGCUUCUUCUACUGGUUUAUUGAGAACAGCUUGUCUUCAAUCUCACUCUCACCCUCUUCAAUGUAAAGCUUUAGAACUUUGCUUUAAUGUUGCUCUUAAUCGCCUUCCGGCUUCUACAUCCACUCCCAUGUUAGCCACUCACUCUCAACAGUUCCCUUCAAUCUCUAAUGCCUUAGUUGCUGCUUUUAAGCGAGCUCAGGCUCAUCAGCGCCGUGGCUCCAUUGAAAACCAGCAACAACCUUUGUUAGCUGUUAAAAUAGAGCUUGAGCAACUUAUUAUAUCUAUUUUAGAUGAUCCCAGUGUUAGUCGAGUUAUGAGAGAAGCUGGUUUUUCUAGUACUCAAGUCAAAAGCAACGUUGAACAAGCUGUUUCUUUAGAAAUUUGUUCUCAAUCCAAUAAUUCUUCUUUAAGUAUUACCAAAUCCAAAGAAAGUAGCAACCUUUUAGCCCUUUCGCAGACUCCGAGCCCUUUGAAUAAUCAAUCGGGCUCGAAACCAAUCAUACCAUCUUUAGAUCCGAUCAGAAAUGAAGAUGUCAUGAGUGUUGUAGAAAAUUUAGUGAAGAAAAGGAAAAAAAAUUUUGUUAUUGUAGGGGAGUGUAUUAGCACUAUAGAAGGUGUUGUUAAAGGAGUUAUGGAUAAGAUUAUUAAAGGAGAUGUGCCUGAGUCUUUAAGGGAAGUGAAGUUUUUACCAUUUCCUAUAGCUUCUUUUGGUCAACUUUCGAGGGUUGAGGUUGACCAAAAGCUUGAAGAGCUUAAAAGUGUUGUUAGAAGCUAUAUGAACAAAGGGGUUAUCUUAAAUUUAGGAGAUCUUAAAUGGGUUGUUGAGUUUAGAGGUAGUUUUUUGUGUCCAAUAGAGCAUAUGAUUAUGGAGAUUGGGAAAUUGGGCAGUGGAAUUGGAGAAACUAAUGGGAAAUUUUGGAUAAUGGGAAUUGCAACCUUCCAAACAUACAUGAAAUGCAAUUCAACCUAUCCAUCACCUGAGACUGUUUGGAAUCUCCAUCCUCUUACAAUUCCUGCUGGCAGUUUACGGUUAAGUCUCAUCACCGACAGUGACAUACAAAGUCAGUCCACCAGCAAGAAAGCAGACCAAGAUGGGUCUAAUGGUUGCUGGAUUAUACUUGAAGGUGAAGAAGAAAAACAACUCUCCUGUUGUCCUGAUUGUACAGCCAAGUUUGAGACUGAGGCUCGAAGCUUACAAAUUAGUAGCACUAGUAAUAGUGAAUCUACUACAACUUCUACCCUUCCUGCAUGGCUUCAACAAUAUAAGAAUGAGAACAAAAGACUUGGCUCCACUGAUCAGGAUUGUGUUUCGAUCAAAGAUCUUUGCAAAAAGUGGAACUCACUUUGCAAUUCAAUUCACCAACCCUAUUCUUCAGAUAAAACCAUCACAUUUUCUUCUGUAUCGCCUUCUUCUUCUACUUCUGCGUUCUCAUACGAACAUCAAUACCCUAAUUUGCACCAAACCCAUCAUCAUGACUUUCCAAUCGUUAUGUCAUCCAAACAGUCAUAUCAAAGAGACCGCCAUUUCAACAUUUCUUCAGAACCCAGUUUGCGAAUUUACAUUCCGGAGCUUACGCCUAACUCCACCUGUUCGAGCGAUGUAAUGGAGGUGGAUAAUUAUCAACACAAGUUCAAGGAGUUAAAUGCAGACAACUUAAAUACCAUAUGUAAUGCAUUGGAGAAGAAGGUCCCAUGGCAGAAACACAUAAUUCGUGAAAUUGCGAGCACGAUAUUGCAAUGUAGGUCUGGCAUGGUAAAAAGAAAACGCGAAAGCCCUAAAGAAGAAACCUGGUUGUUUUUUCAAGGAGUUGAUAUGGAAGCUAAAGAGAUAAUAGCUAAAGAAUUAGCGAAAUUAGUGUUUGGAUCGCAAAAUAACUUCAUGUCCAUUGCUUUAAGCAGUUUUUCAUCGACAAGAACAGCAGACUCAACAGAAGAUUCAAGAAACAAAAGAUCAAGAGAUGAGCAAAGUUUUAGUUAUAUACAAAGAUUUGCUCAAGCACUGUCAAAAAACCCACAUCGCGUUUUCUUAAUAGAAGAUGUAGAGCAAGCUGAUUAUUGUUCGCAAAUGGGUUUCAAAAGAGCGAUUGAAAGAGGAAAGAUAAGCAAUGCUAAUGGUGAAGAAAUUGGUCUGAGUGAUGCUAUUAUUAUUUUGAGCUGUGAAAGCUUUAGUUCAAGAUCAAGAGCUUGUUCUCCUCCUAUUAAACAAAAAACAGAUAGAUCUCAAGGAGAAGAAGAAGAAGAAGAGAAAGGUUUCAGUGGUGUUAUCACAAUGGAAGAAACAAGCCCUUGCCUUUCAUUGGAUUUGAAUAUCUCCAUUGAUGAUGAUAGUAAUUAUGAGAAUGAGUCUAUCGAUGAUAUUGGUCUUGUUGAAUCUGUUGAUCGAAGAAUUAUUUUCAAGAUUCAUGAGUUAUAAUUAGGUGCUUUUCUUUUUGUUCUUUCUUUUUUUUUUUUUUUUUCCCCUUAACCUUUAAAUUUUCAUUUUUGUUGUUUAAUAACUAGAUUUUUAGAUUUUCAUAUAAUAUAUAUAUAUAGAGGAUUAAUUUCUAGGGCUAGAAAUGAAGGGGGGAAACAAGUUGCUUCUUUUAUGUAAAAUUAUGUUGUAUAUUAUCGUUCAUCAUCUUUCAUGUAAUACUUUUCUUUUUC